AUGCACUUUCAAUGUUCAACAGGUUCUAUCACUGUGGACUGUACAAUGCGCGUGAAGGUGCGUAGCAAUAAAGGCGAUCAAGAGAAGCACCGAGGUUAUUUUCGGUGGAAAUUAUUCGAAGGAAAGAAGGAACCGUCAGACGGGCCACCCGGGUAUCGAAAAGGAGUCGUGAGUUUAAAAGGAGGUAUAGUGUGUGAGAGACGUUUGAGCAAUAAAUCGAAAGAGAGGCGGACGGACUUAAAAAGAGGACCGAGGACAAUUUCCAAAGGAGGACUUUUGCAGAUUCAAUUAGAAUCCUUCAGUCUGUACAACUUGCCGCCAGUUUCGAGAAAAAGUAUAAAAUUGUGGGGCAUUAGAAACGAUCAAUUUAGCUUUCGCUUCUCCUUUCAACAAAUGUCUUAUUACUUUGCAAUAGUCGGAACCAAAGAUAAUCCAAUCUAUGAACUAGAGUUUGGCACUUCCGGAACGAGAGCCGGUAGUAUUGAAGCCAACUCGAAGAAAGACGAACAUCGACAUCUGAAUCAGUUCAUUGUGCAUUCAGCGUUGGAUCUCGUCGAAGAAUUUCAAUGGAACACCAAUGCAAUGUAUGUGUGUGGAUGCCAUUUUUUUUCAGGGCCGGAAGUAUCCUUUGAGUAG